CUGGCUUCUUACUAUAUAAUCAAUUCAUUUCUUCACUGAUCCCAAAACAGCAUAGGUCACCAGAAAUCGAGUCGCCGCCGGCAGCAAUGAGGAAGUGGACGAUCUCUUCCCUACUGUUUCUACUGUUCGUUCUAUUUAUUCUUCCGGAUCAAGGCCGGAAGACACAUGCCAAUGCAGAGGCUGAAGUUGAUCCACAAGUGGAUCCGCCUAAGGUAGAGGAAAAAAUAGGUGCUGUUCCUCACGGUUUAUCUACUGAUUCUGAUGUGGUGAAAAGAGAAGCUGAGUCCAUGUCAAAGAGGACGCUUCGAGCUAAUGCGGAGAAAUUUGAGUUCCAAGCUGAAGUUUCUCGACUCAUGGACAUCCUCAUCAAUUCCCUAUACAGUAACAAAGAUAUUUUCUUGAGGGAGCUUAUCUCCAAUGCUUCAGAUGCAUUGGAUAAAAUCAGAUUCCUUUCUCUCACUGACAAGGAUAUAUUGGGUGAGGGUGAUGAUGCUAAGCUUGAGAUCCAGAUAAAAUUGGAUAAAGAAAAGAAAAUUCUCUCGAUUCGUGAUCGAGGAAUUGGGAUGACAAAGGAGGAUUUAAUCAAGAACUUGGGAACCAUUGCCAAGUCUGGAACAUCGGCCUUUGUUGAGAAAAUGCAGAAAAGUGGAGACCUUAACCUUAUCGGACAGUUUGGUGUUGGGUUCUACUCUGUCUAUCUUGUGGCUGACUAUGUUGAAGUUAUUAGCAAACACAACGACGACAAACAAUAUGUUUGGGAAUCGAAGGCUGAUGGAGCGUUUGCAAUUUCUGAGGAUGUUUGGAAUGAUCCACUUGGCCGAGGAACUGAAAUCAGACUACACCUUAGGGAUGAAGCUGGUGAAUACUUAGACCAGCACAAAUUAAAGGAUUUGGUGAAAAAAUAUUCUGAGUUCAUCAACUUCCCAAUAAAUCUAUGGGCAAGCAGGGAGGUUGAGAAGGAGGUUCAAGAGGAUGAAGAUGAUGCUGAUGAAGAAGAAACAUCUGAGACCAGUUCUUCCGAGGAAGAAACAGAAGAUGAAGAUUCUGAGAAAGAUGACGAACAUAAAAAGGCAAGAAUGAAGAAAGUGAAGGAAACCACUUAUGAAUGGGAGCUUUUGAAUGAUGUUAAAGCUAUAUGGCUUAGGAACCCCAAAGAGGUCACAGAAGAAGAAUACACCAAAUUCUACCAUUCUCUAGCCAAGGAUUUCAGUGAGGAGAAGCCACUUGCAUGGAGUCACUUCACUGCUGAAGGUGAUGUGGAAUUCAAGGCUGUUCUGUUUAUUCCACCUAAGGCGCCCCAAGAUUUAUAUGAGAGCUAUUAUAACUCAAAGAAGUCCAACUUGAAGUUAUAUGUCAGGCGUGUCUUUAUCUCAGAUGAAUUCGAUGAACUGUUGCCCAAGUACUUGAACUUUUUGAUGGGCCUUGUCGAUUCUGACACACUGCCAUUGAAUGUCUCAAGAGAAAUGCUCCAACAGCACAGCAGCUUAAAAACAAUCAAGAAGAAACUCAUACGUAAGGCCCUUGACAUGAUCCGCAGACUCGCUGAAGAGGAUCCAGAUGAAUUGAGUGACACAGAUAAAAAAGAUGUUGAGGAAUCUGGAAGUGAUGAUAAUAAGAAUAAGAAAGGGCAGUAUGCAAAAUUCUGGAAUGAGUUUGGCAAGUCCAUAAAGCUUGGAAUUAUAGAGGACGCAACUAACAGGAACCGAUUGGCUAAACUUCUUCGUGUUGAGACCACAAAAUCAGAUGGCAAACUUACCUCACUAGAUCAAUACAUCUCAAGGAUGAAAGCAGGCCAGAAAGACAUCUUCUACAUUACAGGAACAAGCAAAGAGCAGCUGGAAAAAUCUCCAUUCCUUGAGAGACUAAAAAAGAAAAACUAUGAGGUCAUUUUCUUCACAGACCCCGUGGAUGAAUACCUGAUGCAAUACCUGAUGGAUUACGAAGACAAGAAAUUCCAGAAUGUAUCCAAAGAGGGCCUGAAGAUUAAGGACUCAAAAGACAAAGAGCUAAAGGAGUCAUUCAAAGAGUUGACCAAGUGGUGGAAAACCACGUUGGCUAGUAGCGACAAUGUUGAUGACGUGAAAAUCAGCAACCGUCUGGCAGAUACGCCAUGUGUGGUAGUGACUUCCAAGUAUGGAUGGAGUGCGAACAUGGAGAGAAUCAUGCAAUCUCAAACACUGUCAGACGCUAGCAAGCAAGCGUAUAUGCGGGGCAAGAGAGUCCUUGAGAUAAACCCUCGCCACCCCAUCAUCAAGGAGCUCCGUGAAAGAGUAGUGAAGGACCCCGAGGACGAGAGUGUGAAGGAAACGGCACAGCUAAUGUACCAAACAGCACUAAUGGAGAGUGGGUUCAUGCUGAAUGACCCAAAGGACUUCGCCUCACGUAUCUACAACUCUGUGAAGUCGGGUCUAAGCAUUAGCCCUGAUGCAGAGGUUGAGGAAGAACAAGAAGUCGAAGAUGGGCAAGAAACCGAGUCUACCACCACCAAUGCGGCAUCUGAAGAAGAACAAGCGGUUGGUGGAAUCAAAGAUGAGUUAUAGAUUGUUAUUAUCCACGGGAGGAAUUUGAGUCGGUCUUAUUUCACUUAGUUUAACAGAGGGAGGCUGUGGCUCAUUAGAGUUCGAUACGCUGUAACAGUGUUAACUCGUGAACAACUUUUUGUCAUUUGUUUGUAGUUUCUUUUUCCAGUUGAGGCGGUGCUUUUGACACUGCUUAGUUUUUGUGCAAUGCUGUAUCAUCGUUUUGUCAUUAGUUCUACGUUUUUCCGGCAACCAAUUGCCUCAUUAUCUUGUGCUGUACUCCGUCAUUUUUGAUCACGAUGCAUCGUGGGGUGGAGCCGUGUCCAAACUGCACAAAAGAGCCGUCCAAAAUCAAAGAGAAGAGUGCCGUGUCCAUUAACCAUAAAUGAUUUUGCAAUCAGGCUUUUGAAUUGAAAGAUUUUCCAAACUGCCGGUUCUGGUUCGGGCCUGGGCCCGGGUGGGCUUUUAUUUGGGAAAGGUGGAACCGGAACCGGCCCCGGUAGCCGGCGGUUCCGGGCCGGUUCCGGGCCGGUUCUGGUUCGGGCUAAUUUUUUUAAUUUUCUUUUGCUGUUGUAAUCAACUCCCGACCCCCCCUCAUCCCCCACCCCCAACCCCCCCCCAAAACACCCAACCCAACCCAGUAGAAUUAAAAAAAUUGAAAAAAAAAAAAAAAUUAGGCCCGAACCGGGCCCGAACCGGCCGGGCCGGUUCGCAUUUUAGGGGGCCCGACUCCUGAGCCCGCACCGGGAACUGGCCGGUUCCGGUUUGCCCGAACUGGCUCCAAGACUGGGUACCGGGCCGGGCCGGGCCCAAACAAUACUGGGCCGGUCCGGUUUCGGGCCAGGCCACCCGCCCAGCCACCCGCCCAGAGUCCACCCCUAUUAGCAUGUAAAGAAAAUUUGAUUGCUUAAUUUUCAAUGAGUUCGAGGUUAUAUUUGCAAGUGAUUCGGAGGCUUGAUUGUAGAAUCACAAAAGAUUUGAGAGUUUAUUUGUCUCUUUUCUCAAAAUCAAAAGAGACAAAUAAUAUCACAUCGGGAAAAUUUUAGAGAAAAGGUCCAAAUAGAUUAAGAGAGAAUUUUC